GUGACGCUUUUUCCAAAUAACCUCGCCCUAAAGCUGCUGAGAAUAGGCCAGAGACCGUACACAUCUCUCACAGUCUGUCCACGCUUCUGCGUCGAUUUACAUUCCUGAGCUAGCUCCCCUGGUGGGACUGGAGGAUUGAGAUAACCAUGGACGCUGUAGAGAGGCUCGGCUCUAUGUUCACGGGGAGGCGAUUCGACGGGGUGAACCUAAACACGUUCCUCAAGUUUACGCAGCUAGACCCCGGCGUCCAGGCCUACCUGCAGCGUGUCUACCUGACCCUGUCGGUGGCUGUGGCCAUCUCGGCGCUAGGUUGCUUCCUUGACAUCCAGUACAGCAUCGGCGGCUGGCUGACUGGCCUGAUGGGCUUCGGCUGCAUGCUGGGCCUGGCCUUCACCUCCGCCACCCCCCAGACACUGAACAAGCGGUAUGCGCUGCUGGGCGGCUUUGCGUUCUGCCAGGGCGCGGCGCUGGGCCCUCUGGUGGGCCUGGCUGCUGCCGUGAGCCCCGGCCUGGUGCUGAGCGCCUUCCUGGGCACCGCCGCCGUGUUCGCCUGCUUCAGCCUGGCCUCGCUGCUGAGCCCGCGCCGCUCCUUCCUGUACCUGGGCGGCUACCUGUCCAGCGCCGUCAUGGCACUGGCGGCACUGAGGCUGGGCGCCUGGCUGGCUGGCGGCCGCGCGGGCUUCAGCCUGGAGCUGUACGGCGGGCUGCUGGUGUUCUGCGGCUACGUGCUGCUGGACACGCAGAUUAUGGUGGAGAAGGCGGCGGCCGGCUAUCGGGACCACGUCAAGGCCGCGCUGGACCUGCUUGUGGACCUGCUUGCCAUUUUCGUGCGCGUGCUGCUGCACCUGCUCAAGAGCCAGGCUGCCAAGGAGGAGCGCCGCCGCCGCGACGAGCGCAACAAGCAGCGCCGCGACUAGGCAGUGGGGUGGGAGGAUUGGAGGACUCGACAGGGCCGCACCCAGGCAAUGGGCUGAAGCGGGGUGAGGUGCGGGUGGCUGCGGUCACUGUCAUGGCGAUGUCCUCUGGGUCAAUGCUGGCGUGUGGAGUUCACAGCAGGCCGUGGCGAGAGAUUGGGCCAGCGGAUUGUGAUAGGUUUUGGCGGGUUGGGGUUGGUAACGGGCGGAUACCUCUAUUGACAUCGGUGCAAUCCUGUUGAGUGCUUUGAGGAGGGCUGUGAUGCUGCAACGCGUUGAAGCCGCCCAACAAUGGGACAUGGGGCGAUCCGCACAUGUUUGCGUGCCGCGCCCUUGUGGCAGGCAUGUUUCAGAGCCAGUUGUACUGAUAUCAACUGCAACAGUUUCAGGGCGCCAGUGUAACCCUAGUUUGAGGGCUGGUGCUGAUCAGCGCCGCGCUUGUCGGUUGUACCCCCAACUGCUAUUGUGGUUGCGCGCCGCCAGAGCUCGUGGAACACCUCGGCUCAGCAGUGCUCCGCCGUGCGAGACAUGCAAGUAUGACGACCAGCAUCGGUCGCAGGGCCGCAGCCGCGAGCAGCCGUGAGGCCGACGCCUUGCCUGCAACACCACUGUGAUACUCGGAAUUGCGACCCUCACAGGAAUAGCCCAAAUGGCAGUUUGUGUUUCGCCGCAUAUAACCGGCGCGGGCGAAGUUGUUCCGGCUUGGGGUCAGCAUGGCCCUGGCAAGCACUCAAGUCUGCGCUCCGUUUUCAGCAAUGAGAGCUACUCGGAGCCGCAUUGAGCUCUUUGUUGGCGUAUGCUUCGCAGCGAAGACGACAAGGGAUUAUAAGCCGGCCGUGCGCACAUAUAGUAUCAAUGGAGCCAGUUAAUACUCAAGAUACAUGGCAAGUAGAGGAGACAAGGUCCUUCGAGUCACGCUCAGACUUGUACUCUUUGACUCGGCUAAGGAU